CGGGAGAGCGCGAUAAGGGAAGUUAUGGAAGGGGUUUCUAGGCAUUGAUUGAGGACUUCUUUGCCAAUGAAGCCGGUGCUUCCUAGGAGGAUGGCUUUCAUGUUGGUCGGUGUGAGAUUUAACAAGAAUGAGUGUCCUGAUGAAUGGCAUUAUCACCUAUGGCGGAGGAGCCAGCUCCCGAAUCCGCCUCCGCCUCGCGGCAGAAGAGCUGCAACGCCUGUGUGAAAGCCAAACGAGGCUGCGACAAGCGGCAUCCGGUCUGCUCAAGAUGCGAGGGGAAAAAGAUUUCAUGUAUCUAUGCCAAGCGGCCAUACGCCGAAGCUUUUCAGAGCGGCUUUGACUUCGAUCCGGUUGAGUUGGAUAUGCCCUGGGCGGGAUUAACUGCUCCGUCGUCGUCGAUUAAUCUUGUUGAUGAUAUCCCAGCUAGCCCCGCCACCUGCCUGCCGACUCUCGAUGCAUUCAUCGACCCGUUCCUAACCUUUGCAGACAACCAAGCCACAUCAUCAAGUGGCAUGCAGCUUGUCAACAGUGCGCGCGGGCAGCUCGGUCAACAACAAGAGAAUCAACAGGGACUCAGUAAAUUUGAUUAUGCUCAAAUGGCUGAUAUAUGUAUACAAUACGAGCCAUGGCAGGUCUACGACCCAAAUACCAAGAUGCAUUUCAUUGCCCAAAGCCUAAAAAGCUACCCCAGCACCUUCGUCAAAGACAGCCACACGCCCUGGAUGCAUAGGUAUCUGUACAAAGACCAAAUGCCGUCCUCAAUACAGUCCUGUCUCACUGUCUGUGCACUUUAUAGUAGCAUGACGAGUAGCAACAAGGCUUCGGUAUUCAGAGUUCUUUGCCAAAGUCUGAGCGAGCUCAAGCAGCAACAGCAGUUGGCAAACACUCCUCUGGAAAAGCUGGCAAGGGCCCAGGCGCUAUUCUUAUAUCAGAUAAUCUGUCUGUUUGAUGGGGAUCUUACUCUAAGAUCCAAUGCUGAUCGGGACAUGCUGUUAUUGCAGGACUGGCUGGAUGACCUGUGCAAGAUUAGAGAGAACCUUGGGAUGCCAGAGUGUGUGAAUGGCCUUGACAUUUGGGAGACUCCAAGGUCAUGGGAGUGGUGGAUAUUUUCUGAAUCUGUCCGGCGAACCAUCGUCAUAGCCUAUGCCUUCCUCGGGCUGUGGAAUUUGAUGUGCAAAAAUAAUGACCAUGUAUUUUUUUCCGCUUGGAAAUACCUUCACUGCUGGACCAUGUCUCGACCCUUGUGGGAGGCACCGUCAUCCUUCGACUUCUUUCUGAGCUGGAGGAACAAGCCGCAUCACAUUAUUGAGAAUUUCGAGUUCGAGAGCUUUCUCGAAUGUGGAAGCGCCGACGAUGUCGAUGAUUUCGCCAAAGUCCUCAUGGUAGCUUAUAUGGGGUUAGAUGAGACGAAGCAGUGGUUCAUGGACAAAGGCUCUGUAUUUUGAGAGUCUGGAUAUCAUUUUGUAACAUAACGGAGUUCUUGCUGGGCUGUAGAUAUUCUACCAUCAUUUACUUCAAUGGUGUCGAAUUUAUCUCGCAUUUAGUUACAAUUUAUUAUUG